AUGAGCAAAUGUUAUAAACAAAUCGCUGGCAAACCUGAUGACAUAUCAGAAGCCUUUAUAAAGGGCUUGCAAGCAGUGAAAAUACAGAACUUGCCUUAUAAUUUAACCUUUCCUGUUGAAUCCUUGACUCCAGCAGCCAUCCUGUCGCUGGGACACACCGCAGAGUUGCCCCAAACCACAGAGGCCACAACAACCAAUACCGCUGGGGGGAAGCAACCCCAGACAGAGCUUCCGGUGCAUAUCCAAAACCUGAUAACUAGCCACAUCAAUCAGGUGCUUCAGCAUGUGAAGAACAAGAAUUCAAACACAUUGACUGGAUCUAUCUCCUCCUCCUCCUCAGCUGGGAGUGGGAGUUGGAGUGGAAGUGGCAGCUCCUCCUCCUCAUCCUCCUCCUCCUGGAAUGGCACGCCAGUGGUCAAACCCCAUCCAGAUCUCCUUCCACCAUUGGCACACUCUGGUCAUGUCACUCCCAUUGCCAUUGUUGACCGCCCAACGUCUGCAUCUCAGGUGCAAUCUGGCCUACAACCGGUGCAAACUAUCGAUCCACAGGUGAGGGUGAAGGUGACCAAUCAUCAGGCCAUCGGUACAUUGAUCCAUCAGGGCAGACCGGUGGUCCAGAACAAGGUGGUGAUGCAGCCAGUAGAGCAGGUGGUUCACCCACAGGAACCCAUUAAUGUGGCCGAAAAGUUGCAAAAACUACAGCAGCAUGUUGCCAAGGUGAUGCAACAGGCUGAGAAGCACAUUCUGGCUCUUCAGCAGGCCAUACAAAAGAAAAAGGAGCAGCAGGAGCAGAGGGAAAAGGAGGAGCAGCAAAAGGAUAAGGAAAAUGAAAAGGAAAAGGAGGUUACAAAGGAACUGAAACAAUGUAAACAAAACGGGUCGUCUUUGGUUAUCCCACCAAAAGUCUCGAAUAUAGUCAAUCUUCAUGCCCAUGUACCUCAACUCCUGGCCCAUCAUCGCGAGGAAAUCAAGCUGGGAAAAUGCAACUUUGAGUGUCCACGACAAGCUCACAUUUGCGCCAGCAAUGGCAAGUGUGUGGUUAAUUUUCCGGGACAAUGUGAGCUGAGCCAAUGGAAUUGCUUCAAUACCAAAAAUGUUUUCCACCAGGUUCACGAUUCAGAGUGCCAGAAUACCAUCACUUGCUAUAAAAAGGAUAUGAUGUGA